AUGAUUAAUCAAAGCUUAAUUACCCUAUCAAAUCCGGAAUUAACCAAGAGACCGCUCGUGCCGCCACUCACGAAAAGGCGCGCAUCUCUCCCUGUCUCUUCUCGACGCAUCGUCGCCUUCCCUCUUCCCGCGACCCGACGCCAUCCGAUCCCUCGCCUCGGUUCCACGGCUCGAAUCAAAUCCAAUCCCGGUCGGCCCUUCUAUGCACUGCGCCGGCCGCCGCCCGGGCCAUUGAUGGAGGAGGAGGGGCGGCCAGCGACGGCGGCGGCGGCGGCGAUGGAGAAGAACGAGAAGAAGGACGGGGUGGUGAAGGAGGUGAUACGGCUCGAGCGGGAGUCCGUCAUCCCCAUCCUCAAGCCCAAGCUCGUCACGAAGCUCGCCUACCUCAUCGAGCGUGACAACGACCGUGCCGAGUUCAGGAAGCUAUGUAGGAGGGCGGAGUACACUAUUCGCGCUUGGUAUCUUCUGCAAUUUGAGGAUCUAAUACAAUUGUACGCCUUAUUUGAUCCUGUUUAUGGUGAGAAGAGCUUGGAACAGCAGAGCAUGACAUCUGAUGAGAUAGAAACUCUUGAACUCAAUUUCUUAACUUACCUUUUUAAGAUAAUGGAAAAGAGCAACUUCAAGUUGUUAUCUGACGAAGAGUAUGAGGUAGCCCAGUCUGGUCAGUAUCUUUUGAAUCUUCCCAUCAAAGUUGAUGAAUCCAAGGUUGACAACAAGUUGUUGGCAAGGCACUUUAAAGAGCACCCGCAUGAUAAUCUACCAGCAUUCGUUGAUAAGUAUAUUAUCUUCCGUCGGGGCAUUGGAAUUGAUCGGACAACUGACUACUUCUUCAUGGAGAAAGUGGAUGUCAUCAUAUCUCGAGUAUGGAGGUCAUUUCUCAGAGUCACAAGGAUUGAUAGAUUAUUCUCGAAGAAACAAGUAGCAUCAAAAAAGGACACAAAGAAGACUGACGAAAUUAAUGAGGAAGCAGAAGAACCAGACCUCUAUGUUGGGCGCAUUCGACUAGACAAAAUGGAGCUGAGCAUAAAGAAUCUAUUAAGAAAAAUGACAAUUCAAGAGCCUACAUUUGAAAGGAUGAUCGUGGUGUAUAGGAGGGCUAGCACAGAAAGUAAGCCAGAUCGAGGAAUAUUUGUUAAGCACUUCAAGCACAUUCCGAUGGCCGAUAUGGAAUUAGUUCUGCCAGAGAAGAAGAACCCUAGUUUAACACCAAUGGAUUGGGUUAAAUUUCUUAUUUCUGCUGUUAUUGGUUUGGUCACUCUAAUAAGUUCUCUUGAAAUGCCAAAGGCUGACAUAUGGGUUGUCGCGGCUAUCUUGUCUGGUGUGAUUGGAUACUGUGCGAAGAUCUACUUCACAUUCGAAACAAAUAUGGUCGCAUACCAAAAUUUGAUUACAAAGUCGAUGUAUGAUAAGCAGCUUGAUAGUGGGAAAGGAACACUUCUUCACUUGUGUGAUGAUGUGAUCCAGCAAGAAGUGAAGGAGGUUAUCGUUUCUUACUAUAUUUUGAUGGAGCAAGGGAAGGCAACUGUACAGGACCUUGAUUUACGUUGUGAACAGCUCAUCAAAGAAGAGUUUGGUGUGGAGUGCAACUUUGAUGUUGUGGAUGCUGUAAAGAAGCUGGAAAAGCUUGGUAUUGUUUCUCGGGACUCAAUCGGGAGGAUCUUGUGUGCUCCUCUGAAGCGUGCAAAUGAGAUUAUCGGGACGACUACCGAAGAAUUGGUGAUGCGAGCCCAGAAAGCAGGUUCAUAGGUUACAGAAUAUGCAAAAGUAAUAUUCCCUUAUUUUUCCAAAGAUUUAGCACUGCAAGGCCCGUUUGUUCGCCUUAAAAGAUUGUCCUCUCUUCUGUGCAGUUUUUCUGGUGUAUGAUAAUCUCAAAUGUAUGUCUUGUUAUUCUUUCAUUCAUUAAUUAUUUGUAAGAAUGAUCAUUUUUUCAGUGAUAUGUACAUCACAGGAUUAGCAUGGACAAGACCAUUGCUUGUGCACUUUGCUGUG